AUGGCUCCUCCACGUCCUCCACGUCCACCACCACUGUAUCCUCUGCUUGGGCAACGGUGUCCGGAGACGGCGGCGAUGGCGAAGAUGGCAAAGAAUACGACGGUAACCAUGAACGUCUACUCUGUCUUCUUGUUCGCCAUUCUCGCCGUUUCUGCCGUUUCGGGACACCGUUGCCGUGGAGGUUCAUAUGGAGGUGGACGUGGUGCUGGAAUCAUCAUCGGAUCCAAGAAGGAAUAA